AGUCAAGUGAAGGGAGCAUCCGAAGUCCCAGACCGGGCUGGAGGAUGCUUGCCUGUAGUAUCGGGGGCACCCGAACCCUAAGACCUCCCCGUAGGAUGCCUGCCAAUGGGUUUGGGAGUAUCUGAAGUCCCAGGUGAUGGGUGUGGGAUGGAGGAUGCUCACGGGUUGUAUUGAGUUCUGCCUGUUCAAUCCAUCUGGUUUUUGGAACGAUUCAGCUCUGCUCACUCGAUAUGAUUUGGCUGAUCUGGCCUGAAGCACUAAAUAUAUUACCAAAAAAUAAGUAAAAAAUAGUCAGGGCCCAAACCUGACCGAAGGCUCUCGCCCUGCGGGGAAGUGGCGUAUGGUCGAGCCAGUCUGCGUCCGCAGAGCUGCGCCGCCGAGGGGAAAGGCAGGUGGGCAGUGGGUGUGGGGAGAGGGACGUCGGUUUGUCCCGACGCAGCCACGCUGUCCCAUUGCUUUGCAGCAAUUCUCGGCGCUGACCGAAGUGCUCUUCCGCUUCUUGACGGAGCCCAAGGAGGUGGAAAGGUUUCUGACUCAGCUCUCGGAAUUUGCUGCCACGAACAAAAUCAGCCUGGGGCCUUUGAAAAAUAUCGUCAAAAGUCUCCUCUUGGUGCCGAACGGACUCUUGGUCUUGGCUUUGGAGAACGGGAGCCUUGUAAAACUGCGCCGUGCUCCCUGCUCCCCAAGAACAAAGCAGGCAGGCGCGGCGGGGGCAUGUUAUGUGCACACGCUCAUGCCUGCAAUCCAAAACACAGCAGGUGCUCUGAAGAGGAACCUGUCGUCUGAAGAAGUCAAGGCGGACUUCAUUGCUCUGGGGCUCAGCGAAGAGAAAGCCAGUUACUUUGCAGAGCAGUGGAAGCUGAAUUCCCCGACCCUGACCAGCCUGGCUGUUGGGCAGACCCUGAUGAUCAACCAGCUUAUAGACAUGGAGUGGAAGUUUGGAGUGACUGCAGGGAGCAGCGAACUGGAAAAAGUGGGAAGUAUCUUCUUGCAGCUGAAACUGGUGGUUAAAAAAGGAAACCACACAGAGCCUGUGUAUGUAGAGCUGACGCUGCCCCAGUUCUACAGUUUUCUGCAUGAGAUGGAACGAGUCAAAACCAGUCUGGAGUGUUUCAGUUGAAACCAGAUGAGACCGAAUUAAUAGCACGGCCCGGCACUUUCGCCCUGUGGGCCAGCACAUCUCAUCUCGCUGCUGCUCCGUAACCUCUUGCUAGAUGGAGACUGUGCAGUUUUGUAAGCAAAGCUCUCAAGUCCUUCUGCCCUCAGUUGGAACCGGCCCUUAAACCCGUUAUAGUUCUGUCCUUCCGAGCCCGAGACCUUUACGGGUACUCCUCGUAGCCGACAGCCAAGCAGACCCGUGCUGCUCUUCUGUCCUAGCCACUGAGAGAGAGUAUUGUCAGAAGUAAAUGGAAGUCUGCUUACAGAGGUAGCGUGCAAGCUAGGAAGUAAAUAAAGAGUCGCAUUAACGUC